UGCUUCAUCUGGACCUCGGCCACCAGCAGCCACGCCGGGAACGGGACUGAACUCAGCAUCCUGGGGGAGGGACCAGGAUCCGGGGUGCAGCGCUGGGCAGCCUGUGGCCCCCUGGGAGUCCUGGCGCCCAUCCUGCUGGUCCUGCAUGCCAUGGUGUGCUGGGAGUGCCAGGGCCUGCGGCACCGUCGGAGGCGCCCAGCUGGAGGUGAUGGUGGACUCCCCAGUGACGGCUCAGCUGGGCUCCCAGGCUCUCCUCCCAUGCACCUUCACCGUGGCGGACGACCCCAUCAGCCCAGAGUACCUGGCUGUGCACUGGUAUUUCCAGGGCCAGGAGCUGGCGUCGUACGAUGACUCCCUCAGCGUCUCCCGGCCGGGAGUGUCCAUGGACACGGAGCAGCUCGCCAGGGGCAACGCCUCUCUGGUUCUGCACAAUGUGACCGUGUCGGAGCAGGGAGCCUACCGGUGCCUGGUCAUCCACAGCCCGGACAGAGGGGAGCAGAGCCUGCACCUGGCAGUGCUGGCCAUGCCCACCGUUGCUGUCCCCAGUAAAGCGGUGCUGAGGGGGGAGCCGAACUUGCUGAAAUGCUCCGUGUCCGGCUUCCAUCCGGCCGACAUCGUGGUGACCUGGCUGAGGGCUGGGGAGGUCCUGCCGGCGUCCCCACUCCCCGUGCCCCAGAGGAACCCAGACGGCACCUUCAACAUCAGCAGCUCUCUGACCUUCCAGCCCACGGAGCAGGACCAGGGCGUCACCUUCUCCUGCCAGGUCCAACACGCCGCUCUGCCGCGUGGCGCUCUGCAGACAGACUUCCAGCUCGUGUUCGGAGUCUCCCCCGUGGUGAACAUUCACGCCCCCACGUUUGUGCAAGGCAAGGCCCAGGUGUUAACGUGCGACGUGAAGGGGUUUUACCCAGAAGCCAUCGCUGUUAACUGGCUCCUCAAUGGCGUCCGGACAGAAGCCCCCCGCGUGAACCCCAAUGGCACCUUCAACCUGGAGUCUUUCUACCAGUUCAAGCCUGCGGCGGAGUCGGAGGGUGCUGAGAUCAGCUGCGAGGUGCAGCACGAGACGCUGAGCCGGCCCAUUGUCCGGAGCGUGCGGGUGCACCUGGAGCGUGAGGGGACUCAGGGCAGCGUCAUAGUCCUGGUGGUGUCAGUGCUGGUCUCAGCGCUGGCGGUGGCUGGAGUCGCGUUCUGCCUGUACCAGAGAAGCAGAGCCGCCCGCCAGAUGUUCACCGCCAGCGACAUCGUGGGGCCUAAAGUCUGGGUCCCCGGGGAGUACGUUUCCCUCGUGUGCAUUGGCUACCACUGCCCGGCGGGCACGGAGGCCAGGUGGGCAAAGUGCCAAAAUGAAGAGCUAACGUCCAUCGCCGGGGGUGACCCGGCUGGGAGCGACGGGGAGCAGCAGCCGCUUGUUCCCAUCAACGCUCUGUACAAAGUCCAGACACAGAUGCUGCCCUUGGACAAAGGCUCAGCCACUCUGGCCACGACGCUCAUGUUUCGUGUCAGGAGCCCGGAGGACCUGGGAGCCCGGUACCAGUGCUGCUUCAUCAGCAAGGACGGGAGAACGCUGAGCACCAAGGAGUUCGGAGACUACACCCUGCGCCCCUUUGCUCAGACUCAAGGACCGGCUGUGGACCCGGCAGCAGCCCGGCCUGCAGAGGAACAACGGGAACGGCCACCGGGCUGUGGGGGCCCAGGCAGUACGAAGCUCCUGGACAGUACUGAACGGAGCACCCCGAACCCAGGGCUUCCCGCUGGCGGUGUCGCACAGCAGGGCGGGGGAGGGACAGCGCGCUAAGCCCCCCUUCCCUUCACACACAAACCAGUCUGACACGGGUCAGCAGCACUCAGGGCCUGGGUCCCAGGACCCUGCCAGGGGGGUGGGUCAGAGCCCGAGUCCUGCUGUGACUCGGGUCCAAGCCCAUCAUUGUGCAGUGUGGACGCAGCUCAAGCCGCAGCCCCGAGUCAGGAGGGCUGCACGGCGCAGUACGGACGUGUUAGCCUGGCCGUGAGACCUGGGGCCGGCAACUUGUGAUCUCAGGUUUACAAUGCAGCGUCUAUGCUCCAGCAUGGGCUCGGAAACACCAAAUCCACAAGCCCACUGUGAGUGCCUCAGUUUCCCUCAGACACUGCAUUGCUACCGGUGGGGGACAGAGGAUUACGUUUGCGCUCAGGGCCAGCUGAGAGCCCCAGCAGUGUGUGUGUCGCCCAGCUGUCUGAGCAGAGUGAAUGGCUCAUGGCCAGCUCAAUGGAGAACUGAGAAGACAACGGAAAGCCCAGUCACCAGCACACUGACACCUGGAUGGAUUUCCCACCCCCCAGCAGGGAAGCUGGGCAGAGACCCCAGCUCGAGAACAAAGGGCUGGGAGGUGAGGGAGAAAGGGCUGGUUUCUGGAUGGAGCCUGGGAACUGAGGAAGUCAGAGAGACAGAGCCUGAAAAUGGAGUUUUACUCCGGAGGGAAUUCAGCGCCGAACAAUUAAAAAUUCUGUGCACAGAGGUGGGAGAUCACUGUGCAGCUCCCCCCACCCCGGGACACGGACUCUGUGGUGAGGCUGCACCCAACCCUGACACAACACAAGGGCUGGGCCUGCCCCUCCGCUCCAGAUGACAGGAAUAGGGUCUAAAACAGAGCUUGUAGGCAGGGGCGGCUCUAGGAUUUGCGCCGCCCCAAGCAGGGCAGCACGCCG